GAAUAAGUGCAAUGUGCCGAGGUUGGGCCUCCUCCGUGCAGACUCGGGCCAGUUCAUUAAUGAACACCAAUUGUGGCUCUUGAGAUAACCAAGAAGGCCGGGCAUCAAGGGAAAACGCACCCACGAGAUUGCCUUCGCGCGACCAGACAGCCAUCGGAUUGAUGGAUCGCGCACUGAUCUGCAACGUUUCCUGUCACGCGUCACUCACCGAUGGGCCCAGAAUCGACGAACCGAGCUGAGCUGACUGGGUCGACAAAUGUUGGCGUGGGUGUGGCCAAUUGAAAUUAAACCCUACCCUGGAACGGAAGUGAGAACCUGUCAGAUUUGGAACCCCGCUAUGGUGGCGGUGGCACCCUCUAGGCUUGGGCUUAUCUCCUGCACAGCUCGGCUGUACACCGGCCUGCUCCAUGUCCCGUGCCACUCUGACCAGCGUUGUGCAAGACUGUGCAGGUGAUGCAUAGGUAACCAGUCAAAGAGCUGUAAUUUCGAUUUGUGCCGGCGAUUUUCACAUCAAUGAGAAUCAUAUCGGACAACGCAUCUGAGCAGAGUCAUCCAGAAAGAAAGAAGACGACACGGCAUGGUAGAUAACAGUGAUAUUCUGAUGCGAACUUUACUGCAGCCCAUCAGAAUAUGAAACGAGAUGCCGGUGCAUCCAUGAGAGUCGGAUUC